CAGCCAAUAGCGAAUCGAGAACGAAGCACGCGGACUGAAUCCGAACUUAGUUCCGUGCGCACGUUGAUUUGUUUAUGUUUCUUUGAACACAGCCAAGAGAGAGUCUCAUGGAGGCUGUGCUGAGACACCUGAACAACAUACUGGAAUUACUGGCCGUGUCUCAAACUGACCGCGUACGUGAAUGGGACCGUCACACCACGCUCCGGGCGUUUCAGUGGGCUGAGUACUGCGAGCAGCUCCACUCCCGCUUCCAGUCCAACCUCACGGUCCGCUCCGCGCUGGAGUCCGGUCUGAAUGACACUAAGCAGCGCCUGCAGGAAACUCUGCCAUCGUACUCUCCAGUCAUGUUCUCUGAACUGGCUCAGUGUCAACACAUGUUGCUCGUUAAUUUACUCAGAAACCCUUCCGCGGAGAGCUCCGUUAUCCGAGUGCUUUUCACAGAUGAACAGGAAUCCCGGUUUGAUCAGAACAGCCUCAUUAUGUGCAAAUCAGCGUUUAAUCUGUUAUGCCGCACGCUGGACAGGACUUGUCAUGCUGGGUUACAGACUGAAGCAGUGGUCAGAGGCAAACUGCUCGGGAAGCUCUUGAACUCUGUGCUGAGUCGGUCUGGUAAUGACGAGUAUGCGAGAACACUGCUGGAUUCCAUCCUUCAUGACAGCGCGGGAAAACUGGAAAGCCUUUGUGACAUCAUAGCAGCUGCGCUCCUUCCAACUAAUGACGAAACGAGCUCCGUCACUCAGCACUUUAUCAUCGCCUGGCUGCGGGACCACGAUGGAUGUUUCAGCAAACUGUGCAGAUCUCUUUCUCCUGCUGUUUGUACUGUCCUCUCCCGACAGUCUUCAGAGUUUAAACACGCAUAUUUGGGUGUUUUGAAACAGUGGGCGUCCUGCUUGGAGUUUGACGUCUUGGAGAGUCUAUGGGUGCAGACGUCAGAUGGGCCAGUUACCUUCAACAUGCUGACUGAUCGAUUUAAAGAUUUAUUAAAUUCAGGACCACCAUUAAAAGAGGAGACAGAAACUGAACUCAAAACACUCAAACACGAAGCGGGAGACUUUAAUGUGAAAGGCAUUAAUAUAUGGACUGAUCUAAUCAUCCAGCUAAAGCUGUAAAUACAUCAGAUUUAAAGUUAAAAUGGCUAUUAUUUGUUCAACAUUUUAUGUUAUUUAACAAUAUGGUGUGUGCACUUUUCCCACACUUUUUAUAAUUAUUAUAACAUGUUUUAAAAAUAUUAAUUAAAAGACAGAAAUUA